AUGGAAAAUGCGACGAGCUUUGUCUGUCACUGUGAUGAGUUAUGUCAACAUUACGGCGACUGUUGUAAAGAUUAUGGACAACAAUGCCGAGGUUGUAAUGCUACUGAACGAGGUGUCGACACGAACCAGACCUUCAUUGAUAUCGGUGAUGAAAGGUGCGCCCCUCUUUCUGUUCAUGACACACAACGCUCAGACUACCAAUGCAUGCGUGUUCAAAGAACCGGUCGUGUGUUCCUGAAAGCCAGUUGUCACACUAACUUUAAGGGGUCUGCAUUGGAGAAAAAGUGCUUCGGUGACGGUGAACCAUUCUCAAAUAUUCCCUGUUACGAUGUCAUUAAAGGUACACACUACAAGAACAAAUAUUGCGCCGAGUGUGAUUACGUUAAAGCAGUGAAGUUUUGGAGACCUAAAAUCGAAUGCCUUUAUGGUAAUCACUUUAAUAAAUUAAAAGUUGGAAGCUUAAACAUCCCUAGAAUCAUAGAAUUGAUUGAGGAUUCGGGAGAUAUUGGUAGUGGGUGUAGAUACGAAUAUUUGGAACCACUGUUGGACACAUACGAUCGCGAGAAUAUUCGGGGGUCUCCGCGUCCUUGCUUUAGCACGAAUUCGGAGUGUGGAUUGUGUAAGGACUCACGUCUGGAAGCACUUUGCCAUUCCCAUGGUUUAGAUCCAAUUCAAGAAAUCAAUGUUUUUCAUAAUAUUUACUGUUGGAAAUGUAAUCCGCAGUUACAUUAUGCAUCAAACUCGCAACUAUACCCUGAUCUAUGUCGAUUGGUCGAUAGCUCCGACGGAAAGUUUUUUUUACCUGAGGAUUUACCACUUGUUUCAUUUCAAAUUUUAAUGGACGCUACGGGAGACACCAUCAACGUGAGAACUGUUCCGAAUGAACAACAUACGAGGAUAGCUGAAGUGGAACUUGUUUGUUCUGAUGACCUGGUUAAAUGCCGAUUGAAACGAUGCCUUGGCAAUUUGAAACUCGAUGGGGAUCAAUGUAUUAUUCGUGACAUUCUUGUGAAAGUGGCGAUCAGUUGUAGUAUGCCGACAAGGGCAAAUUCUAAUUUCAUCUCGGCUUACAUCAAUUCACAAAUACUAUUUGAACUUUUCCCACCACUUCACGUUGUUUCCGAUCAUACAACCUUUAAGAUAGAAGGCAAUUGGAUAACCAAUACGUUCAAAUUCGAUGUUUUGUUUCAAGACAAACCAAAUGUUUUGGAAACAAUCAACAAAACAAUGGCGAACAGCAUUGGUCAGUUGGAGGAGAAAUUGAACAACUUUCUUCUUUUGAACAAUAUGUCUAAUGACGCAGUUCUCGGUGGCAUCGAGUACAAUGUCGUCUCAGUUCCCGAGAGGGCAGAUUCUACGGUGGCCCAAAAUAGAUCAACAGGGACAGUUAGAGCAGUGACCGCAGGUACAAAGUCAGCACACAACUCGGCUGGCACAUUCAUAUUACCGAUGUUGAUGUGGUUUUUGAUUUUCAGAAUCAUUAUUCACGUGCGGAUGAAUAUGACUUGAGAUAUAGAGAUAGACAGAGAUAUUAAGAUAUGGACUGAGAUAUUAGGAUAUAGAUUGAGAUAUUAAGAUAUAGACAGAGAUAUUAAGAUAUAGACUGAGAUAUUAAGAUCUAGACAGAAUUAUUUAGAUGUAGACAGAGAUAUUAGAUAUAUUAAAAUAUAGACAUAGAUAUCAAGAUAUAGGCAGAGAUAUUAAGAUAUAGACAGAGAUAUCAAGAUAUAGGCAGAGAUAGUGAGUAAUUUGAAUCUGAUUUUUUCAAAUGAAUGUUAAUACAGUAGAACCUGUGUAAGUGGAACGCCCUCAGUUCUGCCACUUAGGAUGUGUUCCACUUACGGAGGUUUGGGUUCUUAAUCCUCC